AAAGGCAAGCAUCGGCAAGGCUUUGCUGGCUUGCUGCAGAAGUUGAAGAACAUCAUUACAAACGAGCUCCCUACAAAGUAUACAGACUAAAAAAAAUAGAAAAGGAAUUCCGCAUAAACCCCUCCCAGCCAAAAAAAACCACCCCCGCCGCGGCCGCCGAGCGAGCGGUAAGCAGCCGCCGCACCACGAGAGCGGGAUGGCGUCGGCUCCGGAGCCGGAGAACGGGAGGGAACUCUACGCGCUGCUCCACCUCUCGCCGGACGCCUCCAGCGAGGAAGUCCGCAGGGCGUACCGCCAGUUUGCGCAAAUCUACCACCCCGAUAAAUACCAGGACCCGCAGAUGAAGGAUGUAGCAACUGAAAACUUCCAACGAAUAUGUGAAGCUUAUGAGAUACUAUCAGAUGAUAACAAAAGACAGGUGUAUGACAUCUAUGGUAUGGAAGGUUUAAAUUCUGGCCUGGAACUUGGUCCCAAGCUAACUAAACCAGAAGAAAUCAAGGAACAGUUAGAACGACUGCGGCGGCGCAAGGAGGAAGAAAAACUUUUCAAGCAUGCUCUACCCAAUGGCUCAAUCAUUGCUAAUUUCUCAGUGCCACAAUAUUUAAAUGACGGGAGCAUCAUGAGAGGAAUGGCGAUGCUUAGUCAAGUUGAGUUGCCAGUGUCCAAGCAAAAUACUGUCGUUGUUGGUGGGAAUUUGAUUGUAAAUGGCUCAGCUGGAUCUGGAGCAGCAACCACUGUGCUGCGACACCAGUUGUCUCCUGUUUCCUCUAUUGAGUUUAUGGCCACAGCUGGACUACGUUCUGUUAUUGGUGGGCAGAUGUUUCGUCAAAUUUCACCACAUUCUACAGCAACUUCUGGACUUGCUGUUUCUUUGAGAGAUGGGUCUAUCAACUUGUCAAAUGCCUGGACUCGCCAAUUGUCUGACAAUACUGUUGGAAAUAUACAGCUAGUCCUUGGCGAUGAAUCAAGUAUUUCUGUUGGAUGGCAAAAGAAGGAUGAAAAACGUACUGCAACUGGAGAAGUAAAGUUUGGAACUAAUUUUUUUGGUGCAUCUGCUCAUUAUACACAUCGCUUCUCCUCCAAAUCUCAUGCACGCAUCGCUGGUAGAGUUGGAAGCACAAUCCUUGAUUUUGAAAUUGGAGGAGGGAGGCGAAUAUCAGAAUUUAGUACUGUAAGGAUGAUGUAUAACAUAGGAAUUCAGGGCGUAUCUUGGAAGUUUGAGUUACAUCGUGCUGGUCAAAAGUUAAUCAUCCCAGUCUUGCUUUCAACUGAUUUAAAUCCAUUAUUUGUUACCAGUGCAUUUGCUAUUCCUUCAACACUGUAUUUUCUACUUCAGACAUAUGUUGUAAAGCCUUACUACCUUAAGCGAGAAAAGCAGAAAACACUAGAAAAGAUGGAAGGCUUAUCUACACAGGUAUCAUGAGGUUAUUGUGUGUAUUCACAUUUGUGA